UUCAAAUGCUCCACAGGCCUGAUAUUGUUGAGAUAAUCUGCUGAAAACUGAUCCUCUCCACACCAUCGCCUGCAGAGGAACGUGUGGGCACAUCAGCCCCCAACAUCAGGAGCCUUGUCUGUCGCUACAGCAACAGCAAAAAGCCUUCCAUUACCGCUACGGCAUUCGCUAAGGCUUUCUGCCAGACUGCGCUUCUCUGAUAACAAGACGGCAAAGUGCAUGCAAUGCGCUCUCAAUCAGAUGUGUCCAGAAACUGUCUGAAACAACAAGACCUGUCGGUGAUAUACCAAAAAAGUUGCUGAGGGUUUGACAAAACCAAACAAGCAUGCGAUGUCUGUACUGUAUCUUGCCGUACCCGCUCUAGCGUGAUGGAUUGGUCUUUGGGCUGUGUGAGAUGGUGGUAUUGAGGGAAGCCUGUCUCUUUAAGAGCCAGUCCUUGGGCAGGUUGGCUUGUUGAGUGGGGAGGUGGAACCUUGUCUGCUUCUACAAACAAGCAUUUCUAUCAACAAAACGUGUCUCACUAGCGAGCUGAUCUUGAGGGUGUGCAUAUACGAGAGAGCGAAUAUUGCUUUCACGGUAGUUUCUGAUGCCGUCUGUGUGAUAUGUGAGUCCCGUUUUAUCAGCACCUGAGGUCUGCAACGCUCUGCUGGAGGGGGCCACCAACAGCUCAGAUUGCCCUGCACCAUGAAACUCGCUGUAGUUCUGCUGCUCUGUGCCUGCUGUCUGCUUUUUCAACACAACUGUGAAGCCCAAGUUUCAUUUUUCUCAGUAGAUACAUCUCCGACACCCUCGGCCAGUAACUGCACGUGUGAACUCGGCCAUGGAAAGUGUGCUGAAAACGGUGACUGCAGGUGUGACCCAGGAUGGGGUGGACCGCGGUGUGAAGACUGUGUGCGAAUGCCCGGAUGUGUCCAUGGCACCUGCCACCAGCCCUGGCAGUGUACGUGCAUGGACGGGUGGGCAGGCCGAUUCUGUGAUAAAGAUAUUUACGCAGUGCUCAGAGAGCAGCCGUGUCAGAAUGGAGCUACUUGCGUCUUGAAUGACUCUGGGGAUUACAGCUGCUUGUGUCCCGAAGGCUUUCAUGGGCGGGACUGUGAGCUGAAAACAGGACCUUGCCAAAAGACCAAGUGAGAUGUCCCCUGCAAGAAUGGUGGUCUCUGCGAGGAUCUGGGUGGUUACGCUCCAGAACUGUCUUGUCGAUGCCUGGCCGGCUUCACGGGGCCCCGCUGCGAGACCAACAUGGACGACUGCCUGAUGCGCCCCUGUGCCAACGGUGCCACCUGUUUGGAUGGCGUGAACCGUUUUUCCUGUCUGUGCCCUGCGGGUUUCACUGGCCGUUUCUGCACCAUCAACCUGGACGACUGCGCCGGCCAGCCCUGCCUCAACGGAGGACGCUGUAUAGACCGAGUCUCCACCUUCCAGUGCUUCUGCUCAGGGUUCACUGGAAGAACUUGUGAGGUUCCGUCUGGGAGUCAGGGCCUCAAAGUCACGCUGAGCAAACCUGUCCCAGUCAACCGCUCCCAGGGGACCACUCCCAGCGGGGAUGAAAGACGCUCGUUCAAAAUCUCAGUGGUGACUCAGCAUGGGGCAGAAGGGCUGUCAGAGCUGCAGCUUAUCAUCCUGCUGGUGCUGGCUAUGACUUUGGCCGUGGUGGCGCUAACAGCUGGCCUGGUGCUGCGUGGACACUGCCAGGACCAGUCGGCUCGCUGUCAGUGCAGACCGGCCCCAGCUCACCAUCGCCCAUUCCACCGAUGUAGGACAAACUCUGUGCCUGCGCAACAGGAAUGCAAGAUCAGCUUCCUCCAGUCCCCGGCUCCAGCUGAGCUAGAGAAGAAGAGGCUGAACACCGACAUUGUUUAGCCGCAGAGAUCGCGCAGCUGCUCUUGUUGAAGUAAAAGGCCACUUCUGACCUCUCAAAAGAUAAAGACGGAACUCAUGAAUCUGAGAGUCCGUCGCUGAAAGCAGGUGGCCAUUAAAGAACCCAUUUUUAUUUGAUCAAAGAUGCCACAAGUGAGGCAUGUACUGCUAAGGGAACAUUAAAUCAGAGUCAACAUGAAAACAGUAAUGCUCGUACCUGGUCAAGGAACUUAAGAUAAGAAAUGCUUGUCUGUGUAAUAUUAAAUCAGAAAUUAUGUAUUAUGCCUCUGAAAACCAUUUUGCUCUCACCAAGCAAUAUUUUUUAUGGAAACCCUAAACUGUGGCGUGUCUUAGUGCCUUCCAGAAUCUAUUUUCUCCCCCAAUUUUAUGAUUACAAAUUUUUUUAUUAUGAAAAUGAAAACAUUCUUUCUGUUUUGUUUUUUUGGUAAUUUUAAUAACAUUCAAAUCUGUCUGUUAAUAUUAUUGAUUAGACCUAAGCUUACCUGAAUUGUAUAAAAACAAGAUUAAUAAAUAAUAAUUAAAAAAAAUACAUAUUAAUUAAUAAUAUAUAUUAAUGCAUUAACUAUUGUUAACCAAUGGGGUCUUUAAAGUUUCAUGAAAAUUAAAUCCAUAAAUCAAGAUAAUUAUUUUAGAGAAAAUAAACUAAUUUUCAUUCAGAGGGCACUUUUCAAUAUCCAUCAGUUAAAUUGGUUCAAAUUUAAAAACACACCUUACCCCUUUUCUCAUUUUAAUAGACUGUAUCACUUGGGAAUACAGUAGGUCACAUUAUGAAGGUAAGGUGGGUUGCAGAUGCUGUUUCAUAUUGACUUCAAGGUACACACAGCCUGGGAACCACUGUAUUUGUUGAUAUGACGUCUGUACUCGAAGAGUAAACAGUAGCACCAAUGAGCCGCGUGUAAAAUAAAGCGAAGCACUUAACCACACAUAUAUCAAAACUUCCAUUGUGUGAUACAGUAGUACUGUAUGUAUAUAACCAAGCCAUAAUACUAAAAGCGCUUUUAAUUUCAGGUUUAAGUGUUCACUUUCGCCAAGUGUUCAAACUGUAAAAUAUUUCAACGUGAGUAUAUGCCAAGUAAGUUUUAUUCUUUGAGUAUUUGCUUUAUGAACGUUUUUAAACGACAACGUAACGUUCCCUUUAACACUGUAAUGAUGCUCUUUUAAGCGGUAUAGUAAUAUCAAUUUCAUGGGAAACGAUUUUUGUGAUACAUAACGCAUUAACAACAGUAUUGUGUAAAUAUAAUUUAUUUAUGUAAUUUAUUGGUGAAAUGUAUAUUUGUUUUUUAUCGUAAUGUGUUAUUUUUAUACAGAUCUGUGUGCAUUAAAGUUUUUAACUGUGUAGUAA